UCUGGCUUGGAAACUUUCUCAAGCGCAACAGAGGAGGAUCCACGCCAGCAUCACACGGCAAUGGUGCUUUUCGACCGCAAUCGAGCUCAACAAUCAUAGUUGUGGUUAGACUUUCUACGCGCUGCUUGUAGUGUGGAGUUCACCUUUGGGGCUGCACCGUUGUCGUUCCGCAUAUGUUUACUCGGUUGGAUGAGAAGUCAGGAUGCUUCUAAGGUGGCCUCGAUCGUGGGCCUUUUUGUUGUGUCUGGUGCUAUGCAUGCACAUUGUACUGGCCGAGAGAGUCCACGCGGUUCGACGACAAGAUGCCUCGACGACGACGACAACAGCUGCCCCGAAAACUACUACUGAAACUGGGAAAGAGUACUCGACAACAAUGGCUUGGCGCUCCAGAUCAACAACAGAUACUGCAACGGCUGCCAAAACUACAACGAGUGCCUCCGAUACCGUGAAAGGAACAGCUAUGCCUUCUGCCAUCAACGACAAUGCCCCAACUAGCACACUUGCGAUUAACUGUAAGUCUAACCUGCAGUACCAUUGUAACUAAGAAUACUAGUUCUAACUUUGAUCCAUAGCCACUAUCGUUGAGGGCGAGCUACCUCUUGAGCCCCGGCUAACACCGGCUUACGCGGUCGCCGGUGUGAUAUUACUUUC